AUGGGUCAAUUAGAAGAUGCAGAGGACUUUAAAAAUAGAGGGAAUGAAGCGUUUAAAUCUGAGGAUUAUGAGCUCGCUUUGUCGCUUUACAAUAAAGCUAUAAUUCAUGGCGCAAAAGACACGCGGGAUAUGGCUACGUAUCUAAAGAACAGGGCCGCUACUUACCUUAAAAUGAAGCAAUACGAAAAUGUAAUCGAAGACUGCAAUGAGGCUUUGCGAAUAAUUCCUGAAGAUCCCAAAGCACUGUUUCGACGUGCUCAAGCCCUAGAAAACGUAGAACGCUAUGAAGAGGCCUAUAGAGAUGCAAAAACAAUUUUUACUGUAGACCCCACAAAUAAAGCUAUACAACCAGUGUUAGGGAGAUUACAUGCAAUAGUCCAGGAAAGGUCAAGAUUAGCAUCACAAACUCACAAUAAGGUGGAACAAAUGUUCAAAAUUGCUUUUGAACUGGGUGAAAAUGUGGAAAAGAGAGAAAAGGCCAUAUCAAAUCUCCUUGUUCUUUCAAAAGAAAAUGCAGCUGCUGAAAUCAUGUUAAAAAGUGGAGUGGUGCAUAAAAUUCAACAAGUGGUUAAGAAUGAGAAGAAUCCAAAUAUAUAUGUUAAUGCAAUUCGUAUUGUUAGUCAGCUGUGUAAAGAAAAUAUACAAAGAACAAAGAGUGUUUUGAAAGUAGUUGGUGUACCAUGGUUUUUGGAAAUUAUUGAUAAUGAAAAACCUGAAAUUGUGAAUGCUGCCCAGUAUUGUCUGCAAACUAUAUUAAAUACAUUUUCUGGCAUGGAUAGUAAAAAGGAAACAAAGCCUGACAAAGACUUAUGUGACCAGCAUAAAUCUGAAAUAGACACAAUGCUUACCUGUUUAACUUAUUCCAUCACAAACAGAGUAAUCACUGGCCUAGCAAGAGACGCUAUUGUGGAAUUAGUUAUGAGAAAUUGUCACUAUACUACACUCAAUUGGGCAGAAAGAUUUGUUGAAAUUAGAGGAUUGCAACGUUUGUUAGAGGUAUGUAGUGAGCUAGAAGAGUAUAAAUAUGAAUCGGCAAUGAAUAUAACACCAUCAUCGAGAACUGUUGCAGCCGCUUGUCUAGCUAAAGUAUAUGAAAACAUGUAUUAUGAUGAAGCAAGAGAAAAGUUUAAUGAACAAGUUGAUGAUUUUAUUAAGGGGAAAUUAUUAACACCAGAUAUUGAAUCUAAAGUUCGUGUUACUGUUGCUAUUACAUCUUUGUUGAGAGGGCCACUUGAUGUUGGUAAUUAUGUUAUAUCAAAGGAAGGAAUCAUAGAAAUGAUUUUAGUCAUGGCUCAAACCGAAGAUCCCCUUCAACAAAAAGUUGCUUGUGAAUGUCUUAUUGCUGCAGCAUCUAAGAAAGACAAAGCUAAAACCAUUAUAAAUAAAGGUGUGGAUAUAUUAAAAAGAUUAUAUUCUAGUAAAAAUGAUGCUGUUAGAGUAAGAGCUCUGGUCGGUUUGUGCAAAGUUGGUAGUUUUGGAGGUGAUGAUGCGUCUAUCCGGCCAUUUGCUGAAGGUUCAACCACUAAGUUAUCAGAUGCUUGUAGAAAAUUCUUGGUAAAUCCAUCUAAAGAUAAGGAUUUGCGAAAGUGGGCUGCUGAGGGACUUUCUUACCUUACAUUAGAUGCAGAUGUUAAAGAAAAAUUAGUAGAAGACAAGGCUGCUCUACACUCUCUUAUUGAACUGGCCAAGACUGGAGAUCAAUCUUGCCUGUAUGGUGUUGUAACAACUUUUGUCAACUUAUGCAAUGCUUAUGAAAAACAAGAAAUAAUGCCUGAAAUGCUUGAAUUGGCAAAAUUUGCAAAACAUCAUAUACCUGAACAGCAUGAACUAGAUGAUGCAGACUUUGUUAACAAAAGAUUGUCAGUGCUUUGCCAAGCAGGGGUUACAUCAGGUUUAGUAGCUCUGGCUAAAACGGAAAGCCAUAAUUCAAGAGAACUCAUUGCAAGAGUUUUCAAUGCAAUUUGUAGUUUACAAGAGCUGAGAGGCAUUGUAGUACAACAAGGAGGAGCAAAAGUAUUGAUUCCAAUGGCCUUAGAAGGGACAAAUAAUGGGAAGAAACAAGCAGCUCAAGCAUUAGCCAGAAUAGGAAUCACUAUUAAUCCUGAAGUUGCUUUUCCUGGUCAAAGAAAUUUAGAGGUAGUGAGACCAUUGAUAGCUUUAUUACACCCGGAAUGUACAGCACUAGAAAACUUUGAAGCCCUCAUGGCUUUAUGCAAUUUAGCCUGUAUGAAUGAAACAACUAGAAAUAGAAUCUUAAAAGAAGGUGGCUUAUCUAAAAUAGAGCACUACAUGUACGAAGAACAUCUUAUGUUGCAAAGAGCUGCAACACAGUGUGUAUGCAACUUGGUGCAAUCUGAAGAUGUUAUAAAAACCUUUGAAGGUAGUAAUGAUAAAACAAAGUUUUUAUUUUUAUUGUGCCAAGAGGAGGAUAUAGAUACUGUUAUGGCAGCAGCAGGUGCUUUAUGUAUAUUGACUUCAGCAAGCAAAAUUUGUUCCCGGAAAAUUCUAGAUCUAGAGUCAUGGUUGGAAUCCCUGAGGUGUCUACUUGUGAAUGCAAAUAAGGAAAUUCAAUAUAGGGGGACAUACCUGCUUUACAAUAUUAUAAAAGAUGACAUUGAUAUGGCUGCAAGAGUAUUUGAAACCGACAUAAUGGAAAUUUUAAUGGCUUUAACUAAGUUAGAAGAUGCAGAAACUAUAAGGUCUAAAGAAUAUGCACAGAAAUGUUUACAUGCUGCUGAAAAGCUGGGUGUUAUUAGGAAACCAGAUGUUAAGAUAGAAGACUCUAUGGAAGAUGAAAUUUCAGAUGACAAAUAA